AUGGGAAUCUUGUCACGCAGCCCAACUAGUACUAGGAGAUCAGAAGACAAUGGCAUGAAGCUUCUUGCAACUGCUUUGUUUGCUAUAGCUUUUGGCAUUCUCCUUGGACUCUCUUUUCCAUCUUUAUGGAUCACUAAGGCGAGUCUACCGGAAAACGUUCUUCAUUCUAUUGCCAUCUCACAUAGAGAUUCAGAUACUGCAACUCCUACACAGGACAUUGAUAUCUCAAAGAUAUGGGUUCCUUCAAAUCCUCUAGGCACUGAGAGAUUGCCACCCGGUAUUAUUGCAUCCGAAUCAGACUUUUAUUUGCGCAGAUUGUGGGGGAACCCUGAAGAGGAUUUGAAGAAGAAACCAAGAUAUCUAGCAACAUUUACAGUCGGUUAUAAACAGAGAUACAAUAUUGAUGCAUGUGUUAAGAAGUUUUCAGAUAAUUUUACCAUUGUUCUGUUUCAUUACGAUGGGAGAACAAGUGAGUGGAAUGAUGAGUUUGAAUGGUCGAAGAAUGCAAUACACAUAAGUGUCCUGAAACAGACUAAAUGGUGGUAUGCAAAGAGAUUCUUGCACCCUGACAUUGUAGCGCGAUAUGACUAUAUAUUCAUAUGGGAUGAAGAUCUUGGAGUCGAUCACUUUGACGCAGAAGAAUACAUACACUUGGUCAAGAAGCAUGGCCUUGAGAUUUCACAGCCUGGUUUGGACCCAGAGAGAGGGUUUACAUGGCAGAUCACAAAAAGAAGAGAACAUAUUGAAGUCCAUAAGGAAACUGAUGAGAAACUUGAUUGGUGCUCUGAUCCUCCUCGGCCUCCAUGUGCUGCAUUUGUGGAGAUAAUGGCUCCUGUAUUCUCAAGAGAUGCGUGGCGCUGCGUGUGGCAUUUGAUCCAGAAUGAUUUAGUUCACGGUUGGGGUCUUGACUUUGCACUCAGAAGAUGUGUUGAGGAGCCUGCACAUGAGAAGAUAGGAAUAGUAGACUCUCAGUGGAUCGUUCAUCAAUUUAUCCCUUCCCUUGGCAGCCAGGGAAAGGAAGAAAAAGGGAAAUCUCCAUGGCAAGGGGUGAGGGAUAGAUGUCAUUUGGAGUGGAAAUUGUUCUCGAGCAGAGUGGAAAACGCGGAGAAGGAUUAUUUCAAAACGUUACAAGUUCAAAGCCCAUCCAAUUCAACCAUCUUUCAAUAG